UCCCUCUUUCUCCGCUGCUCUGUCUCUCUCCGGAGCUGGUUUUAGCCGCAUGUCACUCAGUCUCUCAGUCAGUCAGUGGCCCCGGUCCGCUGCGUCUGCGCCUGUCUCCACAGCUCUCCAAAAAAGCGAAACGCGCCACCGCCGCCGCCACUGCGGGCAUGACAUCCAAGCAGUAGUGGUAGUGGACUUCUGUCGGUCGGCUUUUCACGGGAUUUAAAAAAAAAAAAAAAAGGAGUCGAAGAGACUUGAAAGAAACAGAGAGGGAAGAGACUCAUUUCUGGCCGUGCAGUGCGUCGAGAGGAGUUGAUGAGUCAAUGGCUGGAGCACAGCCUGGAGUUCAUGCGUUGCAGCUCAAGCCAGUGUCCGUGCCGGAGUGCCUCAGAAAGGGCAGCAAAUUUAUGAAAUGGGAUGAUGAUUCGACCACUGUGACCCCUGUGACUCUAACAGUUGACCCCAAAGGGUACUUCCUCUAUUGGACCGACCAAAACAAAGAUACAGACCUGCUGGAUAUUGCGUAUAUAAAAGAUGCCCGAAAUGGAAAGUGUACUAAAACACCAAAGGAUGCAAAGCUGCGCGAGUUGCUGGAUGUCAGCACACUGGCGGGGAAGAUGGAGAACAGGAUGCUGACGGUGGUUAGUGGCACUGACAUGGUCAACAUCACCUACCUGAACUUCAUGGCGUUUCAAGAGGAAAUUGCAAAGGAAUGGGCUGAGGAAUUAUUCAACUUGGCGUCUAACCUUUUGGCACAGAACAUGUCCAGAGAGGCCUGCCUUGAAAAAGCAUACACUCGACUGAAGCUGCAGCUCAACCCCGAGGGACGAAUUCCUGUCAAGAAUAUCUUCAGGAUGUUCUCAGCAGACAGGAAGCGAGUGGAGACAGCGCUGGAAAAUUGCAACCUCCCUUCUGGCAGAAAUGACUCCAUCCCCCAGGAGGAUUUUACUCCAGAGGUCUACAGUAUGUUUCUGAGUAACAUCUGCUCUCGACCAGAGCUGGACAACAUCUUCUCUGAAGUUGGAGCUAAGAGCCGUCCGUACCUCACAGUGGAGCAGAUGACGGAGUUCAUCAACAGCAAGCAACGAGACCCUCGCCUGAACGAGAUCCUCUACCCUCCGUUGAAACCAGAACAAGUUCAGCUGCUGGUGGACAAAUAUGAACCCAAUAUUUUACUUGCACAGAAAGGUCAGAUCUCGAUGGAGGGCUUUACACGAUAUCUGAACGGAGAAGAAAACAGCAUCAUUCCCCCGGAGAAGCUGGACCAGAGUGAAGACAUGACCUUUCCACUCUCUCACUACUUCAUCAACUCCUCACACAACACAUACCUCACAGCGGGCCAGCUAGCAGGAAACUCCUCAGUUGAGAUGUACAAACAGGUCCUCCUGUCUGGGUGUCGCUGCAUUGAACUGGACUGCUGGAAAGGACGCACCACAGAAGAAGAACCUGUUAUCACUCAUGGUUUUACAAUGACAACUGAAAUCUCCUUUAAGGAAGUGAUCGAGGCUAUUGCAGAGUGUGCCUUCAAGACUUCACCAUUCCCUGUCAUCCUGUCCUUCGAAAACCAUGUGGACUCACCAAAGCAGCAGGCGAAGAUGGCAGAGUACUGCCGGUCAAUAUUUGGAGACGCAUUACUGAUGGAACCACUGGAGAAAUAUCCUCUUGAGGCUGGAGUUCCACUUCCCAGCCCCAUGGAGCUGAUGGGGAAGAUCCUGGUGAAAAACAAGAAGAAACAUCAUAAAACUGACGGCAGCACCAAGAAGAAGCUCUCUGAGCAGGUUUCCAACACCUAUAGUGAUUCUUCCAGCGUAUGUGAGCCAUCCUCCCCUAGUGCAGGUUCAACUAAAGAUGAGAUGGCUGAUUCCUCACAACCGUCUGAUGGUGCUGAGCUCAACCUGAGACCACAUGGCAGAAAGUCUAUUGGUGAGGUGGAGGCUGAAAGCGAUGAUGAUGAUGACGAUGAUGAUGACUGUAAAAAGGGCUCAAUGGAUGAGGGCACAGCAGGCAGUGAGGCAUUCGCUACAGAGGAAAUGUCAAACCUGGUGCUCUACAUCCAGCCGGUCAAGUUUUACUGCUUCGAGACAUCUAAAAAGGUCAACCGGAGCUUCCAGAUGUCCUCCUUUGUAGAGACCAAAGCUUUGGAGCUUCUGACUAAAUCACCGGUAGAGUUUGUAGAAUACAAUAAGCUGCAGCUAAGCAGGAUCUACCCUAAAGGUACUCGGGUAGAUUCUUCCAACUACAACCCUCAGCUCUUCUGGAAUGCAGGCUGUCAGCUGGUGGCUCUAAACUUCCAAACAAUCGACUUAUCGAUGCAGUUGAACCUGGGCAUGUAUGAGUACAAUGGGAAAUGCGGCUACAGGCUGAAACCAGAGUUCAUGAGACGACCGGAUAAACACUUCGAUCCUUUUACUGAAAGCACAGUAGACGGGAUAGUCGCCAACACGCUGUCUGUGAAGAUCAUCUCAGGUCAGUUCCUGACCGAUAAGAAAGUGGGCACAUAUGUGGAGAUCGACAUGUUUGGCCUACCAGUCGACACCAAGAGGAAAGCUUUCAAGACCAAGACAUCUCAGGGCAAUGCCAUCAACCCCGUCUGGGAGGAGGAGGCCAUUGUGUUCAAGAAGGUUGUCCUGCCCACUCUGGCUUCACUGAGGAUAGCUGUGUUUGAAGAAGGGGGAAAGUUUAUUGGCCACCGCAUCAUGCCUGUUUCAGCUAUCCGUCCAGGUUAUCGAUAUAUCAGUCUAAGGAAUGAGAAGAACCACUCGCUGAUGUUACCGGCCCUCUUUGUUUACGUUGAAGUGAAAGACUACGUCCCAGACACAUUUGCAGAUGUCAUUGAAGCCUUAUCCAAUCCUAUCCGCUAUGUUAACCUCAUGGAGCAGAGAGCCAAUCAGUUGGCAGCUCUCACUUUAGAGGAAGGAGGGGAAGACGAGGGAGACAAAGAGGUGGAAGCAGGAAGUGAUGCUCUCCCAGAGUCUAAAGGGGACCAGAGGGUAGCGGUACCUGCUGAGAAUGGACUGAGUCACACUCCAAUUAUCGCCCCCAAACCUCCAUCACUGGUCGGCCAUCAGCCUCAGUCUGCAGGAACAGGUUCACUGAAACCAUCGGUGAAGACGGAAGACAUCAUUCAGAGUGUCCUCACUGAGCUGGAGGCUCAGACGGUGGAGGAGCUGAAGCAGCAGAAGGGAUUUGUCCGAGAGCAGCGGAAGCAGUACAAGGAGAUGAAGGAGCUGGUUAGAAAACACCACCGUAAGACAAGCGAGCUGAUCAAGGAGCAUACAGCUCGCGUUUCUGAGCUGCAGAGCCAGCAUCAGAGGCGCCGCUCCACACUGCAGAAGAGCCACAAACGUGACGGUAAGAAAAGUCGGUCCGAAAACUCCCUGUCAACUCUGGACCAGGAACUUUGUGAGCUGGAACAGGAGUGCAGCCAGAAACUGGCAGAGCUGAAGGAGCAGCAACAGCAGCAGCUGCUCACACUCCGCCAAGAGCAAUACUACAGUGAGAAAUACCUGAAAAGAGAACACAUAAAACAGCUGGUUGAGAAGCUGACAGCUAUAGCAGAGGAAUGUCAGAGUGCUCAGCUGAAAAAGCUGAGAGACGUCUGUGAAAAAGAGAAGAAGGAUCUGAAAAAGAAAAUGGACAAGAAAAGACAAGAGAAGAUCAACGAAGCGAAAUCUAAAGACAAGAAUUUAACAGAAGAAGAGAAGUUAGAGAUCAACAGAUCUUUUGUCAACGAGGUGGUGCAGUAUAUUAAACGGCUGGAAGAUGCUCAGAGUAAAAGACAAGAAAGGCUACAAGAGAAGCACAAGGACGUCCGGCAGCAGAUCUUGGAUGAAAAGCCAAAGCUGCAGAGUGAUCUGGACCAGGAAUACCAGGACAAGUUUCGCAGACUACCUGUGGAAAUCCAGGAGUUUGUUCAGGACAGCAGUAAGACCAAACUUUGUGAUGAUAGCCUCCCUGCAAACCUUGUUGCCUCCUCAACAGCAGAGAGGCUCAACCACAAGGCAUCGCAGUCUGAGGACGACAUAGAGGAGGGCUCGUCGGAGCAAGUUUUUGACACCGCCCUUUAAGGAUCUAACUUUUUGCUUCAUAGAUGGACAUUGUUGAGGUUGUGACCACAUAUUUAGGAUGAGACUGCGUCGAAUUUGGUCCAACUUGUAACCAAUUGGAGGAUUAGAUCAAAUCUGAGCCUGAAUGGGUGAGUAGAGGUCCUCUCAGCUUGGAGUGAAGUCCUGUCCAGAAAACUGUUUCCUGUAAAUAGGUCUUUUUGUGUAUUUGUAUGUUAAUCUGUAUGUUGUCCUCUCUUUCGGCACGGCCACAGGAUGUGUUACUGAACACUAAUUAUGUGAAGGAAAUAACUUACUUGAACUAUUGCACAGACAGAGGAGUUUUCUUUUUAUCAUAUUGGUUAUCAUAAUGCUGUGACAGUCAGAGGGGUUUGAUGUGCCAAGAUCUGAUUCGUCUUGAACGAGAAUUUCAGUUCAGUCGACUUGCACUGUCAAAAAAACCUUUACAUACUCAGCCUUUGAGGUUUCCAUCUUUAUACGAAUAUGUUUCACCACCUUAUUUGCACUAAAGCUUCACUGUAUAAAACACUGUAUAACUCUAAUUUAACCUAGAGGCACUGGCGGCUUUCUGGUUUGCAGUUUUGUUCUCACAGAACUAAGCCUAGGUGUUGCUGCUAUUAUAUAUAUUUUUUUUACUUUUAUUUGUCUAAUGUGAAAUUCGGCUUAAUAUAAUCAUUAGUCAUUUCUCAGUGUAAUUUUGUUUUUGGCCAGUUUUUAAUACAUUUUACAUUGUUUACUGCCAACUCUGUCACACCAGGAAGAGAAGGGAAGGCUUUGUUGUACAGUGUGUGCAUGCAACUGAACAACUGUAAAUGUUGAAUUAGCUGUGAUAACAGGUGUUUUUUUCUUUCUGGUACAUUUUGAUUGAACCUGCAAAAUAGCUGACCUGAUGUGGCUUUAUUAACACUGUGGAAAUGGGACUUUAAGAUGCAAUGCUUGGAGCAUCAAGUAAACAGAUUGAUUGUUACUGUAUUUACAUUUUCCUGUUUAGCUAAAAUGUCAGACCAAGGACAAUUUCCCACAAUAAGAUCUUUUUAGUCAAAGUAAGUGGUUUUCCGAUUUUUGUACUUGGUUUUAUGCUUAAAUCUCAAAGUUUACAACAGAUGCUCAUACUACAGAAAGAACUACCCACCCACACACACACACACACACACAAAAUCAACCUUUUUUCUGAAUAUUUUGCCAGUUUGAAGGGUUUUAGCUGCAAGUAACAAAAAUAUGUGGAAAAACCAUUUUAUCCUAAUAGACGAUAUAACAAUCAAUAAUGUUAUAUGGCCAUCAACGUGUUGCCUACCAAUAACAAAUAAAAUCUGGCCAUUUUAAAUGUAAUGUGGCAAAUAAAAUGAUAAUAGUAACUUGUCAAUUAUGAAAUGUUUUUAAAUCCAAAAACAUGAGAAAUUGCCAAUGACGUCAUAUGGUGUUAAAUUACUGGCCUGCAAAAUCUAAGGGAAAACAUGUAGGUCACAUCAUCAUGACUCUUCCUGAUUUUAAUGGUUAUGAAUUACAUAAAUGUAAUUAUGUUUUUGGUUUGCAAGCAAAAAAGAUAAAAGUUGUAAAUUAAAUCCAUAAUUAGCUCAGAAAACCAUAAAGAGAGAAAAGUCCGCAGUUUUUUCUCCUUGAUGAAAAUAAUUGCAUAAAAACCUUUGUUCCUAAAAAAAAUGCUCUCAAUAUUCUGAUUAGCUGCUGUUAUACAUUUUAUGUAUUUGAAUAAUUUAUGACUUUAUUAACAGAGUGUUUUUAUUUUUUGCUUAAAAUAUUGUUGGCUUUAUUAUUUCAAAAUGGUCAAGACUUGCCCCUAUUUGGGGUUAAGAUAUCUUUGAUGGUUAGAGGUCUUUAUACACAGGAAAAAAUCAAUAUCUAGCAAAGUCUUGAGGAGGUAAGUGAGAUACUUUGCCGAUGGAAUGAGACCAUUUUUAAAUAAAUAUUUAAAAUAAGAAAAAACAACUACAUUGUCUUAUUUCAAGUGCAUAUUAUCUAAUUAUCUUAUUUUAAGAGUAAAAAAAUCUCCUUCUAUUGGCAAAUCAUCUUAUUUACAUACUCAAUUUAUGGGUAAAUACACUUAAUUUAAGAAAUGUUUACUUAUUUCUAGAUACUUCUUGCAGUGUACUGUAGGGACAGCUUAGUCUUUUUAAGGUGAAGAUCUUUAAAAAGGCACCAUAACAUUUAUAUUUACAGUAAUAUGGUAUACAGAUAACUCUCCUUUUUUCAUUUUCCAUAAGGCCAUAAUAGUUAGGCCUGGCUGAAGUUAGCUCAUGAAGGGUCCAGAACCAUUCAGCCCCUGUUUAAAAGCAGUUAAAGAAAAUGCUACUUUAUGAAACUUUAAACUGUCAUCUGUUUAGCCUUGGAUGGUUGUUUACACAAAAGCCACUAAGCAAAUACAUAAUAAACGGAGACAGUAGAUAUCCUGUAUUAAGCAGGUAUGGAGAAGUAAAUAUAAAUUGUUUCUAGUCAGAGUAACUGUAACUGUGCCAGGAGUACAAUAUAUUUUCAUGGUUUCACUAAAACAUUGUUUUGAUUCUAACUCUACGGUACUUUUAUUUUUGGAAGUUAAUUUGAGCAAAAACCCAAUGCAUGAUCUGUUGUUUUUCACAAGAUCGUCGGUCUUGCAUCACCGUCUAUUUUAAUUUGUCAUAAAGAUAUUUGAAAACACCUGGGCACACUUUCUACCUGCAUAAAAGACUAUUAUUAUUGGUAGGUUUGUUUCUUUUCUUUUUUUUUCUUUUUUUUAAAUUAAAUUAACCUUUAAAGAAAUUACCUUUUGGGGCUUAAGUAAAUAACCACCAGUGAGCAUGAUGAUGUCCCUCAGUCAAUUUGGUUUAAUCAAGGGAUGAUCACUCCAUUUUCAUGACAGACAGCUGGACCAGCUGGAGGAGAUCAACCAAGAUAAAUGGAAGUAGGACAUUAAAAGGAUUUAUCAUAACAAACAUGCUAUAAAGCAAAAUUCAACAUCAAAUUUGAGCAUUAUGAACUAAUUUACUAUUGAUUGCCUCAUAAUUAACUAUUUAAAUUUCUGGUUUUACUUUAAAAAUUAUAUAAGAAAAGGAUAAAUUGGUAAUGUAAAGGAAUUAACUAAAAAAAAAUUUCAAAUGUUGAAUUAAACUAGAGCCUCAACAGAAAAGCAUUGGCACCGUUUUUGAGACUUGGGAUGUUUUAAGAAGAAACAGAAUCUGCUCUGUUUUCUGUCCCGAAUUGUAAAGCUUUACUCAUCCUUCUAACAUGGAUUUAUAUUAAAUACAGAUCUAAGACAAAAAGGGGUGUCACCUGCAGCUUACAUAUAAACUAAGACUUUUUUUAAACCUUGUUUAAAUAAAUCCUGAAUAUUCUGUAAUGCUCAACUUCCUCCUAUUUCACAUGUAAACUAUGCCCAUUCAUAACAUAUGAGGAAGUAUCUUUUGACUUCCCACCUGCCCAGUGCCAUUAAGCUCUAUAGAGAGUCAUGUGAUAUGAAAUCAUCUUUAGCUGAAAAUAGAAGGAGAUGAUUUUUAGGCGAUACUGUUUGUGUAAUAAUUUGAAAAGACCACAUUGAUGUGAGAGUCCCACGCCUUUGAAAAGAUUUGUCUUGUUUGAUUUUGAAUGUAUGAAAUGCACCACUGUUUAAAUUUCCAUUUUGAUGUACUAUAUGAAGCUGUAUUAAUAGACCGUGUGCACUUUUUAGUACAGUACCACUACUGAUGAUGCUUGUGAUGAGCAGUAUUCUUAUAAAAAAGGAGAGACAUUUUUCUUUUAUGCCUUGAACCACUUUGUUUAACAGGCCCCAUAUUAACUUAAAUGUAUGCACUCAGAAAAUGUAAUUAUAUAUGACAUUCAGGAUAAAAAUGAAGAAAAUAUUUAGUGUAAAGGGAAGUUGCUUGUAAUUAAAAUAAA